AUGGAGCCGGCGGUGUGGGAGCAAUGGCCUCACGCCUUCAUGGAGACCCCCGAGGGCAUCCGCUUGCACUACGUCGACGUGGGCCCUCGCGACGCUCUUCCUGUCGUAAUGGUGCACGGAUGGCCUGAUCUCUGGUUCGGCUGGCGGCACCAGAUCCAAGCGCUCGGUUCCAAGUACCGACUUCUAGUGCCGGAUGUCCGUGGCUUCGGUCAGAGCUCGACUCCGGCAAAUGUCGAGGCUUACGGAGCCAAGAACAUCUCCAACGACCUGGCGGCACUGCUGGAUGAGCUCAAGAUUGCCAAGGCCGUGUUUGUCGGCCACGACUGGGGCGGAAGUCACGUGUGGCGGAUGUGUCUGUAUCACCCCGAGAGAGUCAUCGCUGUCUGCGGAGUUUGCACGCCUUAUAUUCCACCGAGCAAGACUUACAUACCAUUGGAAGUGGUUGUGAAAAAGGUGCCGCAGUUCAAGUACCAGCAGUUCUUGGCCAACACUGACGUCUCCGGUAAAGUUCUUGAUGCCUCGCCGCGUCGUUUGUUAACUGCGAUGUUCCGCAAACCGUCGGAAAUGGGUCUCAGAGCGUCCCGAAUGUCGCUCCCGAAGAUGUUGAUGGCCGUCGACUCGGACUUAGACCACCCUGUGUUCACCCAGUGCUCGACACUGCUAUCCGAGGCUGAGCUGGACUAUUACGUCAAGCAGUACUCUAUCAGUAAGUUCGCCAGUGCAUGCCAAACGUACGCUACCGGUAAGAUCGACUUUGAGAAUGAACGUGGAUUGUCGAGAGUGAUCAAGCAUCCAGCGCUGUUUAUCGGCGCUGCUAAAGAUGCGGUGCUCAAGCCUGAAAUGGCGAGAGGUAUGGCCAAGGUUAUCCCAAAUCUGGAGACGAGAGUCAUUAAAGAUGCCGGCCACUGGGUGCUUUGGGAGCAGAAGGAAGAGGUGAACGCCAUCUUGUCCGAGUGGCUGGCGAAGAUUGCGACCACCGCGAGCGUGAGCAAUCUCAGUGCAAAGUUGUAA